AUGGCGAUGCAGAAUGCUGUUGCAGCAGAUCUCGGAGAUUAUCCGAAAAUAGAAGAGGAAGGCCGUGGGGUUCAAAGCUCACAGCCCGUCGAAAGAAGCAAGAAUCGACAAAUACGAAUCUUUGUGAACUGGAAUGGCGAACUUGAGAUGAUCUUCUUUGAUCCCACGAGGCUGGUUUCAGAGCUUGCAAAAGAAGUUAGAAGCGCGCCACAAAUUCCCAGUCACCACAAGUUCUUCAUCUACAAAGGACUGCUGCUUGUGCCAUUCGUCAGGAUCGGCCAAACGAUUCAGAAUGAUGUGACGCUGAUAGGCUGCCUGUUACAUCUUGUGCUCAACGAGGAUCAGUACUUGGGCAAGCCUCUGCAUGUCAAGUCCCUUAUGGGGACGAUGCGGAGCAUCAUGUGCGGCCCUGACUUUUACAUCGAAGAUGUGAAAGAGGAAAUCUCCUGCAUACAGGGCGAGCUUCCCCCGGAAUCUCAGCGCCUCGUGUUUGCAGGUCAGUGCGUCUUUCAUCGACUGCCACGUGAAGUCGAGACUCCUCCUAGCACACCUUACGGGAGUACAACAUACAAAAACCGUCGGUGCUGCUCGCAGUGGGCCCAGCAGGUCGACCCGGGGGCUUCCAUCGUAGCAGUCAAGUUUCUAUCGGAGGACCGCGCGAACUCGUUCUGGGGGAAGAUCCAUGGGGUUCCCGACCUGGCGACAGUGAGCAAGAUGUUGAUCAGAGUGAUUGAGCGGGGAUGUGUGGAUCGCGAGCUGGAAGGGCGAAUCAGCGUCGACCUUCAAGACUGCAUUGUGGUCUGGACUGCAAAGAGCCAUCUGCAGCCUUGCAGACAAUACACUGUUAUGCUCAACCAUGAGAACUUCAAGAAUGCCAUUCCCUUCAUUCACAAGAAGAGCAAGGAACCCGUACAUGGAUCGAUAUCAUGGAACUUCUUUACAUCCGGGUACAGCCCGUUGAGAUUGACAGCUAUCUUUCCAAGACCAAGUUCAAGGGUGACAGUGGAGUCUGCGGUCAUCGUGAUCAAAUUUGACCGAGAGAUCCACAUGGGGGAGCACGUCAAUCAGUGGGUUGCAGGACGACAGUCUCUUGUCUUCGGCUUCAAAUCCCCUCCUGCUCCUAACGAGAUCUGCCGCGUCCGCAUCCGAGAGUUCUACGCAGCUUCUUCUUCGCUUUACUCGGAAGCAAACUUGGCGUCAAGUGGAGUGGCCCGCUCUGUUCGAUUGUACCGGUAG